UAAACGAUGGUAGUAGAAAACAUAUAGUGUGGAUUACCGAACGAUUGCUGCUGCUGCUGCAGUUUCGUAUCCGUUCGUCGUUUCGCUCGUAGAUAUACGUAACUCGUAUAUAUAGUAGUGAUUUGGUGCGCGUUGCGCGAGUUCAGUUAACGUCGCGCUAUCGGACGACUAGGACUACAGACAGACAGCUUCAACUACGACGGCGAGAAGCAAACACUCGUUCUUCACUCACACUGCUCAGACACCCCCGCACACUGCAAAAUCAAUCAAUCUAUCGUGUGGCUUUCUCAAGAACACUCACAGGGAUUAUACGUACUGCACAACGAAAGAUUUUUCUAAUAAAUUCUGAUGAUGCGAUGUCAGGGAACGCCGGACCGUUUUAUUAGUUAAGUGUUCAUCGAAGACUCGUUAAAAGAAAGAAGCGUAGAAAGGACUGUGCGUUGCAGUAGUUGUUGUUGCUGCUGUCGUUGUUAUUGUUUGUUGUUGUUUUUGUUGAACAUUUCCGAAGAUGUCCGGGGUUCUCUUGGAAUCGAGGCCCUUCAGGCCGUUCAAAUCGAGCGAGGAGUAUCUGUACGCGAUGCGCGAAGAUCUCGCCGAAUGGUUGGACAUGCUCUAUCCGCAUUUGAGGAUCUGCACCGAGAAUUUCAUGGAUAAAUUGGAGACCGGAGUCGCUCUCUGCGAGCAUGCGAAUGCAGUGAAGGUGCAAGCCGCCUCGUACGUGCAGAAGAAGCAGGCCAGGAAGCAACAGCUGAUGAUGAUGUCCAGAUCGGUGACGGGAAGUUUAGCGCAAGCACAGAAUCUCGUCGAAAUCACCGACGUCAAAUAUUUCUCGCAGCCGAAGCCGGGCUCUUUCUUCGCCAGGGAUAACUUGAGCAAUUUCAUCCGCUGGUGCAGAGAGUCGUUGCAGAUUAUCGAGUGUCUCCUCUUCGAAUCCGACGAUCUGAUAAUGCGGAAGAACGAGAAGCACGUGAUUCUGUGCCUCCUGGAGGUGGCGCGACGUGGUGCCAAAUUCGGUAUGUUGGCGCCGAUGCUCGUGCAGAUGGAGAGACAAAUAGACAGGGAAAUCGCGGCGGAUCAGAGGAGGAACGAUUCGAUACAUGCGGACGUUAACGGCGUUCCUGGAUUACGAAUGGAACAGAACGGAGACGACGAGGAGGACGACGAAACCGACAGCGAAAUGGAGGACGAACAACCGGUGAUGGUAUACGGACCGCUUCCGCAGAUCGUCACCAACGACCUGAAGAGUUUAGACGAAAUGGUGAGGGAUCUUGUGGAAAAGUGCACUUGUCCGACGCAGUUUCCGAUGAUCCGGGUGUCCGAAGGAAAGUACCGGAUCGGCGACACCAAAGUCCUCAUCUUUGUCAGGAUCUUGAGGAAUCACGUUAUGGUGAGGGUAGGCGGUGGUUGGGACACUCUUUCGCAUUACUUGGAUAAACACGAUCCGUGCAGAUGUCGGGCACAGCACAGAACGACGCAAGGCGCGAGACUCAUCAGUAAAACCGGAGCUUCGGAUCUCCAAGGCGCUCAGGUCUAUUACGACAGAUCUGCCGGAAAUCAGAACGGAGGAUCUCCGAAUCACAGCAACGGUUUUAGCAAAUCUUCGUUGGGUCCACCGAUGAACGCGAUCAACAGAUCGAGAUCUCGAUCUCCGUCCCGCAUGAGCAACGAUCGUCGCUCGGUCAGUCCGUUUCUGCAGAGGAAGAGUUUGGUGCCACCGGCGAACAGAUCCAGAUCACCGACACCCAAUUACGUCUCGACGCACACGACGAAGCUGUCCACCAGCAGCAGCAGCCCGAAGAAGACGCAAUCCUCCAACUAUUCUCAUCAAUCUCUACCGUACAUUCCUUCGACGACUCAGACCAUUCCAAAGACGACGAGCCGCAACAGCCCGAACCAUCAUCACGUCACUCACAUACAGAUUCCUGCAGACGGCAACAGCAAAUACGGUGCAAACACGACGAUGAAGGCGGAGGCGAGUCUUCAAGUUUCUGGAGACUCGAACACGGAUCACAGCGAUAACGCCUCCGAGGUCUCCGACGAAGGUUACAGGAGUUUGGGCGUCGUCGUCAACGGCGGCGAUAAGAAAAACAGAAACUCGUUGUACAGCCAGAACAGCGCCGAAGACGUAGAAGAAGCAGAACGUCAACUGAGCAACGAUUUCAAGGACGAGUGCGUCGCCGACAGGAAGACGCUUUACGUGCCGUCAGAGGGUGGUCUCCGUUUGGGCAGCGUCGACAGGGAGUUGAGGAGACCCGAAGGUGAAAGACGGUCGCAGCAAUCUGCAGGUCGUCGUCGCAACAGCAUGGACAGUGGCAGAGCGUCGCCGAUGGUGAGGACUCCUUCGAAUCUAGAAAGACCAUCAGCAGCAGCAGCUGCAGGUAGCAGGAGGAACAGUGCAGAGAGGAAGCUUCCAAUUUCUCCAAAGAGAGGAGGUGCGACAGCGAGAUUCGGUGGUGGUGGCAGCAACAGCAGUAACACGUGGAACGGACGGCAGAGAGCGCAACGGCCCAGUCUGAACGUGGACACCUUCACCAACGGCGGACCUUUCUCGAGAAACUCUCCGACUCGGAGCAGCGUCUCCUCUUCGUCGUCCUCGUCGACCGUCCACUACGAUCACAACGGUCGUCGGUUGUCGCAUUCCGCUGCCACUUCGCCGACGAAAUCUUCUUCGUGUCUGAAGGAGGAACUCAUCCGGGAGGUGUCGAAGGCGCACGACAACAAGGACGUCGUCAUAGCCGUCACGAAGCUGCUCAAGAUGUACGGCAGCAUGAAUUCGCUGAACCAGUCCAAACAUCUUCAGGAGGACGUCUUCAAGAAGAGGAAGGACUCGAAACCGGAAAACUUUGUGUCGCGAAUCCCUGCGCCCGUCCUCAAUCGCAUGUAACAGAGCAGAGUGUGCGUUACAUCUCUUUCUCUCUCUCUCUCUCUCUAUAUAUAUAUCGAUGCAUCGUGCAUAGAUCAUAUAUUAUUUUUGUAUCGGGCAGAUUUAGAUUAUUUUUAUUUUGGUAAAAGUCGUCGUUAGCGAUCGAAUACAGAAUAGAUUGAUAUUUUUACAUGUGAAGAACUAUAGCUACUAUAUAGUAAUAGUAAUAAUAACAAUAAUAGAAGUAGCAUAAUUGCAAAAUAGAACAAGAAACAAAACAAAAAACAGUGGCUCGAUUCAGUUUGCAACUUGAUCAAAAUCUAUUUUGCGUUUGUCCUCUUUUUCUCUCGUUACCAGCAAUUGUUUCUUUUUUUUUUGUCUUCAAUUGCAAUCAAAAGAGAGACGACGCAUUUUGAAAAUCUUUUUUUUACUUUUUCAUUAGUAAUUAUUAUUAUAAUUCAUCAAUAUAAAUCGAGGUGCUCUCUCUCUCUAUCUCUCUCUCUAUUCAAUAUACGGUAGCUUCUUUCAUUGCGUUGCGUUGUUGUCGGUCGUCGUACUUCAUUUGUUUGUUUGCGCGCGCCACCCUUGUAUUUGUAUUGUAUCUGUAUUUUAUGCAAC